AGAUAAAUCUAUAUUCAUUUUCAUUUAAAUGCCAGUUUCCCCCCAGAGUGGGACCAAGAGGGAAUAAAGAGGCAGAUCAUCAAUGUAAGACAAUGCCCGUUUUAAAAGUUCCUUAUCCCAUUCUCUUUGGCGGCAGGCGAAGAUGAGAUAAACUAACACGGAGAACCAGCCUAGGAACCCUUGUUCUUAACUCGUGGAAGAAAUGAACCUAAAAGAAAAAGGCUACCAUUUGUGACUUCACAGGAAGCCACACAGCUUCUACAAUUUUAUUUUUAAAAAUGAAUUCUACUUCUACUUUUGCCACUCAGUGCCAACCCAAACCACUGCCUAUUAAUGAACAAGAAGAGGAACAAGGACAGUCUGAGGUCUGCUUGUGUGUACUGUGGUAUGGUGGAGAGCUAGGGAUUGCUUAUUAUGAUACUGGAGACUGCUCAAUCUACUUCAUGACAGAGUCACCAGACAAUGAAGACCUCAAGCUCCUCCAAAAAGUGGUUGAUGAAGUACUACCUAAAUACAUAUUAAGUAGUGCUAAGCAAGAUUAUAGUAUUGCCAAAUUUUUGACCAAUAUAAAAACCUUGGCGAGAGACAAACAAGGAGGAACAAAGCCAGAGGUUGUCCUCUAUCCAAAUACGGAUUUUGGCUUAGAAGUAAGCAAGCAAAGGAUCCUGUCUAGGCAAUUCCCUUUUGUCCCAUCUCACAUGACAGCAAUGGAGAAAAUCCUCUUUUUAUCCUCAGUUAUUCCUUUUGAGAGCCCACUUGUGAUAAGAGCAUUAGGAGGACUGCUGAAGUUCCUUGACAGGAAAAGGCCUGGUGUUGAACUAGAAGACAGUCAUAUUGCUGUCCCCAUACUGGCCUUUAAAAAGUUUGUAUUGACAGAUAUUGUAAAUGUUGAUCAAGACACUUACUGUGUGUUGCAGAUAUUUAAAAGUGAAGUGCAUCCUUCUGUGUAUAAACAAGUCAGUGGGAAAAAAGAAGGACUCAGUUUAUAUGGAAUACUGAACCACUGUAGGUGCAAGUGGGGAGAAAAGCUGAUGAGACUGUGGUUCAUGAGGCCUACUCGCAACUUGACAGAGUUGAACAAACGCCUAGAUGUUAUCCAAUUCUUCUUGUUAGCUCAGAACCAUGAAACAGUUUUGACCCUACAAGAAUGUCUCAAAAAUAUAAAAAAUGUACCUCUUAUUCUUAGGAGGAUGGCUCUUUCUAAUACAAAGGUUAGUGACUGGCAGGCAUUGUACAAAACAGUGUACAGUGCUGUGUGUCUCAGAGAUACAUGCCGCUCUCUACCCAAGACCAUUGAACUCUUCCAGACUAUUUCACAGGUCUUCACUGAUGAUCUACAUUACAUUGCUAGCCUAAUCAGCAAAGUGGUAGAUUUUGAAAACAGCAUCUCAGAAAACCAUUUCACUGUCAGGCCGAAUGUUGACGUUACUAUUGAUGAAAAGAAACGAAAGUUGAUAGGGCUUUCAGACUUCCUCACUGAUGUGGCCCGAAAAGAACUAGAGGACUUGGAUAACAGGAUUCCAUCCUGUAGUGUUAUUUAUAUUCCCUUAAUAGGGUUUUUACUCUCCAUUCCACGCCUGCCCACCAUGGUGGAUAAGAAUGACUUUGAAAUUGAAGGUUUGGAUUUCAUGUUCUUGUCAGAAGAAAAGCUACAUUACCGCAGUGCCAGGACAAAGGACUUGGAUGGCUUGCUUGGUGACCUUCAUUGUGAAAUAAGAGAUCAAGAAACACUGAUCAUGUACCAGCUACAAACUAAGAUUCUGGAAAAGUCUGCAGUACUUAGCGAUGUGAUUGAAUACACAGCACAUUUGGAUGUGCUAUUGUCCCUGGCAGUAAUGGCUCGAGAGAAUGGAUACAUACGACCCCACUAUUCUCAUUCCCACAUGAUCCGUAUUAAGGAUGGAAGACAUCCUCUAAUGGAGCUAUGUGCAAAGACGUUUGUGCCCAAUUCAGUGGAGAGCAGUGAAAUCAAUGGACGAAUCAAGAUCCUCACUGGACCCAAUUCAUCUGGAAAGAGCGUAUAUCUAAAGCAAGUGGGACUUAUUACAUUUAUGGCCCUGAUUGGCAGCUAUGUCCCUGCUGCUGAGGCUGAAAUAGGGGCAGUGGAUGGAAUCUAUACAAGGAUCCAUAGCCGGGAAUCAGUAUCUCUUGGCCUCUCUACUUUCAUGAUUGAUCUUAACCAAGUAGCCAAAGCAGUGAAUAAUGCCACUGAAAGGUCUUUGGUCUUGAUUGAUGAAUUUGGCAAAGGCACAAACACAGUAGAUGGUCUCUCUCUCCUAGCUGCAGUACUAAGGUACUGGAUUAAACAAACAAUCCACUGCCCACACAUUUUUGUUGCCACUAAUUUCCACAGCUUAGUGCAGCUGAAGCUCCUGCCUGACACUCCUCUUCUCCAAUACCUGACAAUGGACACUCACCAAGAUGGAGAUGAGCUUGUGUUUUUUUAUCAGAUCAAAGAAGGGGUGUCCACUGUCAGCCAUGCAGCCAAUAUUGCAGCUUUGGCAGGCAUGCCACCUAAGGUGAUUGCUCGAGGAAUAGAAGUGUCAGAACUGCUCCGCAACGGAAAGCCCAUCCAGUGCCUUGACCAUUCUUCAAAAGAGAAACAGUUGCACAACUGCAAAUCUCUAGUAGAUAAGUUCCUCUCCCUAGAUCUUAAUGACCCUCAUCUGGAUUUAAAGGAGUUUAUGAAUAAAGAAGUGCUGCCAUCUUCAGCUUCUGUACUUUAACAGUAUGAUGUGUCUUGUAUUACUCUGUAAUGGGAAAGAGUUUGGUCUAGUUGGUUAUGGCAUCAGCCUUUCUUCAUGUGAAUCCAUCUGUAAAUAUCAAUAAUGCCUAUACAACUUGUUACCUAACAAACUAAAUGCAACCUGAAAACCAUGACUUAUCAAGCUGUCCAUUCUGCGUUAUCUGAAAGGCAGUAAAAGUAAGGUAAUUUAUUAAUGCUCUACUGAAAAAAUAUUUAUGGCAAGGGCAUGGUUUGGGAAGUCAAAUAUUAUACAGGCCUCAGGUAAACAGUGGAAAAAGUGCAUUGCAAGAAACCACAAAAAAAGGUCAGGGGGACAUUUGUAGUUUUAAAUCUAAUGUUCUUAAUAUGUAAAUACAAUGCUUAUUUUUUUAUGUUAGUGAUGCUACAUAUUUGCCUAUUAUGUAAUAUUUUAUAACA